UAAUAAUAGUAAUUUGAUUUAUUAAAUAUUAAUUUAUAAGUAGUAAUACUUAUUAAAACUUUAAAAAAUUAAUCAUGCAAAAGGAGCACGCAAGUAUCAAGUGAAAAUUUAAAUCAAAAGUUUCACUUUAAAACUUUUAUCAGUGAUUCUAUUGUUGUUUUUGUUCACAAAAAUGAAAGAAUAAAGUUGUUAUCAGUUCCAGAGAAAAAAAAGGUUUUAGAUUUGGCCUUUGGAUAAGCCGCCUUUCAGAUAUUUGGGUUUGCAUUACUUCUGGUAUUGGGGCAGUAAGUGAGAAAUGGGCGACAGAAAUCAAAAUGUUGCGAAUAGAUAUAAAUACACGCAAAUAAGUGUAGAUGAGCUAUUGGAAGAUCACUGCCACUGUCUGGUUAACUGUGUAUUUUGCAGCUGUGAGUGAAUGUACACAUAUCAAAAAUAAAUCAUUCAAUUGAUAACAUCUUGGUUCUUUCACUUUUAUGAAGUAAAACGAUAUAGUAUAUAGAAUCACUGAUAAAAGUUUCAAAGUGAAACUUUUGAUGUAAAUAUUCAUUUAAUAUUUUUUUAAUUGAAAAAUAGCCUUUCUUAUUUAUUUGCCUAAAAUUGUAGUAAGAUAUACAUAGGCGCAUGCAUGCUCAUGAUUUCAAGGUAAACUGAUUUUGGGUACAUAACCGAAUUCAUAAUUAAAGUUCUUUUUAUAUUAAGCUUAUAUUGCUUACAUUUUAAAGAAUCUGCUCUCUCUCUUUGUCUUCAAUGCCCGAAUGUAACAAAAAUAUAUUUCUUGUUUCCCAUGGUGAAAUAUAAAAUCGGAGCGUAAGUUGAAUGUAAAGGGAAAAAGUAAUAAAACCGUUAACAAACCUUCUAUUAUUCUACCUUUUUACAAUAUCCGACUUAUGUUCCGAUUUUAUAUAAUUAUUUUUAUUAUUAAAGUUUAAGCGCAAGCAUUUUUAAAGAUUUCAAACAACACGAUCGAACAGAUAUCUAUAUUAAUUAGGAAAAAAAAAGAAUAAAUCCAACAAUAAUUAAAAGUAAGUUUGGUUUUACAUUUCGAUAACUUUUAAUUGACAAUAAUAAUAGAAGCCUGCUCCUGUUGCUUGCACUUUUUGCACUAAGAAUCUUUGUUUUCUCUCUUUUCAACGUUCUAGUGUAUAUAUUUAUCUCGUUUUUAAGUGCACAGUUCUAAAGAUUUCAAGCAAUAUACGAAUAGAUCUAUAUAGUCAAACGAGAGAGAGAGAGAAAGAGAGAGAGAGAGAGAGAGAGAGAGAGAGAGAGAGAGAGAGAGAGAGAGAAAGAGAGAGAAUGUGUAGUGUUUGUUCUUUCCUUUUCAUCGCAUCGCGUGCAGAUCGGCGCGCGCGGUCAUUGCUUCCGGGAAAGUACGUGCAAGUGGAUUUUUAAAUCGCGACGCGCAACACACCACAUCACGACAUAUUCAACAUGGUGGGCGAUCAGCUGUCUUCUGUCACGAUGACGCUUGCGACGGGCAAACCGUAAAAUUAAUUGGCCCAAUCAAAGCGCGGCGUGCACGCAUUUAUCACGACCGACCGAUCGAGCGGCCGUACGAGCAGGAGGGGAGGGAAGUAACGCGACACGUGUCCUGUCGUCGUCCUGCUGGCGUUCUUUGUCGUCGUUGUUUCUAUCAAAAGGGGGCGGGGAGGGGCUCUGGAAAAAAGACGCGAAGGCGCCUGUUCCUGUUGUGCUUCUGGAGUUGUGGAUGCUUCGUUCGCGCCGCGGGGCGCUCGCUUAAAGCAGCUUAAAGUGAGCUGUGACUGCGAGUGCACGUACGUGCGUACGCACGCAGCACGCAUGCACGCACGCACGCACGCACGUACGUACGAGAGAAAGCAAUAUGGUGACUGUAUGCGGGGGGACAUAACGAGCGAGCGCGCACGGGGGAUGUUUAAUAAUAUUUAUCAUUGGCGGCAGCGUGCGUCGGUGAGCGCAAGUGAUGAACUUGACGUGACCGAGGGCCUCUCGCUAGGCUGAGGAACAACCCAGGCACCAUGUGCGAUGUGUGCGUCGACUUUCACGAUCUUUUGCUCGCGUAUGACGAGCGUUCGUCGAAGGAGCAAGAUGCACUGGCGACAUUGUAUGUAACAGAUGUUGAUACGACAUUGCAUUAUGUUAAUCAGUGGGUGCAGAGACAAUGUAUGUGCUGUUAUCGUGAAAUUAAAAAUUUCGAUCGAUUUAUAAGGCUAACUCAGAGUGUCGUGCUCUGUGCGUUACAACAGUUACAAAUUAUACAAAAUGAACAACAGGAAGAUGUCACCAAAGAAACGCCUUCUAAGAACGAAAAGGAUGAGGAAGAGAAAAAUAAUAAACAAAAAUCCGACGAAAACGUGGAGCACGCGCAAGCGAAAACUCAGACAAAACAGAUUUGGUCUCAGCACGAUAAAGAAAGAUUGUUUCAUCUUCUCUCGAAAAUUUUUUUACUCAACUUUCCUCUUUAUAUCGCUAUGAAGCACGGGGGAGUAAUCAAUCCUUUAGCUCCCGUCAAGGACGAAGGUGGUUACUGUGAGCCGCACGACCCUGAAGUACCGGCACCUUUAAUUCGCGCUGUAUCUAUAUUUUGCCAUCAGGGAGGCUUUAAUUUGGUGUCCGCUUGUUUUGACAUGGAAAACCCACUGCCUGUUACCCUUGCGCAUUCAAUGGUUGCAGUUAUUUGUAAUCUGAAACUUUGGUUAAACUAUGCCAGUGUCAUUCAACUGUUUAUACCAUUACGCAGUCGUGUUAUGAAGUAUAUGUGUCGUUUAGAGGACAAGGAAUUGCGUACUCCGGCUGUUAGGACCAUGGCAGAUUUUAUGUGGACCGCUGUAAAAGAUCCAAUAGACUCUGUAUUACCAAGUUUUGAUCGUGAUGGACUUGACUUGGCAUUUAAAUAUUUUACUAGUACAACUCUAACUAUGAGGCUGGCUGGCGUGGCUCAAAUAAACGCUCAUAUUACUGCAUCUAAUGAGCUCUGCAACAGCGAGACCGUCGCCGAGGUCGAACAAGUGGGACAUGCGCUUGCCGCCUGGCUGACCGAAAACAACAUCAUAGCUCAUAUAUUCGGACCAAACUUGCACGUAGAAGUUAUUAAGCAGAGUCAUAUUAUAUUAAGUUUCUUAGCUAUGGAAGGUAGAAUUACAUCCUCGGACAUGGACACUAUGUGGCAAGCGGCUCAGCUGAAACAUUGCGGUCGUCCGGUUUAUGAUCUGUUGGCGCCUUUGGUCAAACAUCUGGCUCCCACUCCCGUACUCCACUUGUAUUCUUUGCUGGGUAAAUUAGAACCCAAGGACCACACAGAGCAAAGCUUGUUUUUAGCAUCGGCUUUAAUCAAAUUUAUUUGGACAUCCGGCCGUUCGACUUAUCCAAGAGGUUUGGUAAUGAAGAACAGAGAAAUUUUAAGGAGUACCGGAAGUGGUGUCGGUGGAAGUAGCAGCAGCGAUCCAAGUGGAAUGGAUGGUAGCAGCCCGGAGGAUGAUGAGGAGGAACCUAGUCCAACGCUGUCCGAUGGACCGUCGCCCAGAAAACAAUCCAGAAGCUACAGCAGCGAUGGUGAAGGACAUUAUAAAGGAAAAAAUCUGACCACUACUAUCGAAUCAAGUCUUAAUGAUAUUGAGGGUCUGAAUUCCGAUAAGUUUGAAUGUAAUAAAGAAUUGACCAAAGACUCUUCGACAAACAUUAUUCGAGAUGAAAUGAAGAGCAAGCAAAGUGGAUCUGAUGCCGAAGCAGAUACGGAGAAGUCUAAUACGGAGGAGAUGUUCGUGCAUGAGAAGAAAAAGCGAAAAAUUUUGCGCAAGCGAAAAAGACCGCAGAAACGUUCGUUAAGUGGCGUUGAGAAAAGCUUAGAGGAUAUUGUUGGUCAAGAUGGGAAUAUGAAAUCAAAAGAUUUGCUUGUAGAUGGGAAAAGCAGAACGGAAGAUAUGCUGAACAGUAGUCUGGACGCUUUGGCUACUUUAGACGAGCCGAAAAAUGUCGAUGCGUUGGACCGCGUUAAACAGCAAGCGAUGGCUUUAGAUCCAAAUGAGCAACAAGUUCCAACCACAGCAACUCUAUUGAGACGAAACAAAAACAAAUACAUGUCUAUAGUAGGAUAUAACGUGGAUCGAGCAGCCGAUUCGGCAGACAGUUCGCACGACGAAGACGACAGCGAUGUAGCAGGUGUACUCGCUGCCGCAGAUGGCCCUGGUGCGGUAAUAUCCGAACUUGCUGGUUUGGUACAUGCAUCCGGUCCUACAUUUUUACCUUCGGGAUUAGAUGAGAUGCUCUCUGACGAGGAAGGCUCGUAUAGUAGCAGAAUAUCAAACAAAAGUGAAAAAAACAUGGCCGACUUCGAUGGUGAGGAGAGCGGUUGCGAAGAGGAACUGGCUCAGUUAGCUGCGCGUCACCUAACCGCUAUUCAAAUGCAAGCUUAUCAUCCUCAUCACUCGCACUCGACCAUGACAAUUAGAAGAUCGGUCUGUCAGCAGUCACAAGUGCGAACCUCUCGACAAACGGCCUCGAGAUUGAGUUCGCAGUUUAACUUGGACACAGUUUGCAAACCGGGUAACACGCUGCUAUGGGAUCUUCUUCAAGAUGAUAAGAUAGGUCAGCUAGGGGAGGGCCUGGCCAUGGAAGCAGAAAAAGCGCUAUGUAAUCUGUUGUGCUUCAACGUCGAUCGUUUGAUUCCUAUGAAGUUUAUAGAAGGCUGUUUAGAGAAUUUGGCGACCAAUCGUUCCGUGGUUAUAUCUCUGAGACUGUUGCCGAAAUUGCUCGCAAGUUUCCAGCAGUUUGGUGCGAUGGAUGCGCACACAAUUACUACCUGGGCCGACCGUGAGCGUGGUAUGCUGAAGCAUUUCUUUAAUAAUUUGAAAACUUACACCAGUACUGGACCGAAGAGCAAUUUAUAUUCGCAUCAAACAGAAAUACAAGUCAGAUUACAAUUUCUGUCGUCAAUCUUCUCGCCUCUAGGUUCACCCGAUUGCUUUCGCUUGAAUGUAGAACAAGUGGAUAUAUUGUGGCAGUGUCUGUCGCAGGAUCCUGUUUGUGCGGAUGAACUCUUUAGUUGGUUACUUAGCCAAGCGAAAUCUACGGAGCAGCAUGCUUUAGGGAUGGACACGUUAAAACACUUAUGCAUGCGCCGGUUACCAAGUCUACCACCAGAAACCAUUAGUAUGACAGGUCUGAGUUUAUUUCAACAAUUAUGCAAUCUGGCGCGCUUGGCAGCGGCGCACAUGGACAGACCACUCAGGGAUAUAGAUUCGGUGGGCAUGGACUUUCUGUGGCGAAUCGCUCUGAAAGCGAAAAGCACGGAUGUCAGUAUGGCAGCUAUACAGUACCUCAAUGGCUACUACAUGUCACGACAGCUGACUCAGGAAGCGGAAUUUGUGUCGCAGUGCAUGACACAUCUUGCAGCAGCCAGUGCCGAUCUCGAAAUUAAUGAGGAGGCUAGUCUACGCUGCAUACAACGUGCUUUGCUUCUACUGAAGACACAUUUGGAAGCCUUUCGGAAACGUUAUGCCUAUCACUUACGUCGCUGGGUAUUGGAAGGUAGAGGCGCCGCCAGCCACGUGGCCAUGAAUACUUCCGAAAAAGGCCAACAAUUGAGGAUUUUUGUACAACCCGCUGGUAUACCAGAAAAGACGAAUUUUACUCUUCUCAAUACUGAUUAUGUAGCGGAUUUACGAGCCGAAGUGGCUAAAUGGUGGGAUGACACACAGAACGUUCAGGAAAAAUCAAUGGUUUCCGCAAAUUCUGGUCAGAACGGUGGAUCGGUCUUAGGAUCGUUGCUUACCGAUGGCCCUAUUAGAAUGAUUACCCAAGGUCAGGAAUUAACUAUCGACUUUGAUGAGAAAACCUUGCAAGAAAUGGGCUUCAAAGAUGGGCAAUUGGUAUUUAUUUCACCCGGCGCUAGUAGAGGUAAUGGCGGCCGUUGCAGCAAACGAGACAUAGAUUCGCCCUCUUUAUUACCACCGCCGCCUAGAGAAUCUCUACCGACUUUAUUAUUACUUCGACCGCAGUAUUUUGAACAGCUAUUUACGCUUAUGAGAACACUUAGUGCUAUGAAGACGAUCGUGAAAGGAGGCCAAGAAAUUCCUCACACGAAAGCGCAAGUACUCUCGAGAAGAGUUUGGGACACACUCACCUUGCUACCUACAAGUCCAACCUUGCUACGAGGUUUCCAAAAACUCGGUGAAACUUCUCUUCAGGAAUUGCUCGAUCCGGCGAGUCCGCAGAAACUGAUGUAUUCGCUUUACAUAGUUGAGUCUCUCAGUCGACGAGGUGCGACGAAUCAGCCGUCGCAGAACAAUCUCACUGUAUCAACGAUGGCGCACGAAGGUGGUGGCGACGCAGACGACAAUCAUGAUGACAAGGAAAAGGAUAUGCCUUGGUCCACUCUAUUUGUGCAAUACGGUGGACUCCGGCAUCUUUUCGAUAUUUUUAUGUCGGGUUGCCUAGAACAGGGAGAUGGCAGUGAGUGGCAACAAGAUUGCCUCGCUAGUUUACUGAAGCAACUAUGUCAUCUUGGUGUUGUGAAAGAGGAGAAGAAACGUAACAAAGCAGACAAACCAUUAUUGGUGCCCAGGCUCAGCGAGGCUAUGUUGAGAAUGAUGAAUGUUGACACGGUGAUGCCGAGAAUUACGAGCAUUCUAAACGAUGCUUCAUUGCCGCUUGAUCCGAAUCACUACAAGACGGGACUCUUCAGCCGAUCUCAAGUGAUACAUUACGCCAUGGCGCUUCUAGUCUGUUGGGUGCACAGCGAUCCGGCAGUCAGGCAAUAUUUAUUCUCGUCGUUUGAGCCAUUUGGAAAAACAUGGUUGCGCAGACUGAUAUUGGAAGAUCCCGAGCCGGCAGUGAGACGCGAAGUAUGCACGGCACUAUACAGACUGUGCUUAGGCAGUACUGGCGCGGAAGACGAUAAUUCGGAUCAGAUGCCGGGAUUGAUCGUACCCAUGUUGAACACCCUGCUGGAACAUCUCAUGAUCGCUGAAGCUAUGCAGCCUUCCCAUCGCAAGCCAGAUUUACCACUACACUUGCAUACGGUUUUGGAUGAAGGAAAAGAGCCUUACGGUCCAGCUUGUAAAGACUAUUUUUGGUUGGUAUGUCGUUUGGUGGAUUCUCUUCCGGACGAGGCAAUUAGAGAAAAUUCAACGGAUGACACUUCUGGUACGACAGUUGAUCUCGAGGCGUUAGCCAUCCGAGUGAUCGACUCCGUGCUCAACAGAGAGCAUCUGGAGACCCGACAUAAUACGGUGGAGGAUGACGCCCUGGUCGGACUGAUCAAUCUCACAUGUAACAUAAUGACACAUAAUCCACCUUGCAAGCAGGGUAAAAUUGGUCAAAAUUUGUUACAUCAGGUGUUUGAUUUCUUGUUCGCCUUGCCUAAUCCACGGAGUAAGCAUGUACCCAAGUGUAAGAGUCAGGCAUCUAGAUCGGCGGCUUUCGAUCUUUUGGUCGAGUUGGUAAAAUCCGCACCCGACAAUUAUAGGAUAUUACACGAGAAACUGCUCGCCCAACACCGUCCCGGACUCUUCCCAUACCCGUGGGAUUAUUGGCCUCACGAAGACGGACGUUCGGAUUGCGGUUACGUAGGCCUGACAAAUCUAGGUGCGACAUGUUACAUGGCCAGUUGCAUGCAACAUCUGUACAUGAUGCCGCAGGCACGCGUCUCUAUACUGGGUGCUGAUUGCAGUCGUGCGAACAAACAUCAGUUGACCUUACGGGAGUUGCAAAGAAUGUUUGCUUACUUAUUGGAGUCAGAGAGAAAAGCGUACAACCCGAGAAGCUUUUGCCGCGUAUAUACGAUGAAUCACGAGCCGCUCAACACUGGUGAGCAGAAGGACAUGGCCGAAUUUUUCAUCGACCUUGUUUCCAAGUUGGAGGAAAUGACGUCCGACCUGAAGAACCUAGUCAAGACACUGUUCUGUGGCGUAAUAUCUAACAACGUCGUCUCACUUGAUUGCGAGCAUGUUAGUAGGACUUUGGAGGAGUUCUAUACUGUCCGAUGUCAAGUGGCGGAUAUGCGAAAUCUCUACGAGAGCUUGGAUGAGGUCACGGUUAAGGAUACACUCGAAGGCGACAACAUGUACACAUGCUCGCAAUGCGGCAAGAAAGCGCGGGCCGAGAAGCGAGCUUGCUUCAAGAAGCUGCCGCAUAUAUUGUGUUUCAAUACGAUGCGCUAUACUUUCAACAUGGGCACCAUGCUGAAGGAGAAGGUCAAUACGCACUUUAGUUUUCCACUUAGAUUGGAUAUGUCUGGUUACGUGGAGAAGAAGCUUAUGCCGCAACACUAUCAGGAUGAGAAAAAAGCGGCGUCCGAGAAGAGAAAAUCUGAAAACGAUGGAAAUUCCAAGGCGGACGAUGAAGAGAAAGAGGAGGAGGAUGUGGAACAUUAUCAGUAUGAUCUAAUUGGCGUGACUGUUCACACGGGAACAGCGGACGGUGGACAUUAUUAUAGUUUUAUUCGAGAUCGUACGUCUCCCAAUAAGGAUAAAUGGUUCCUGUUCAACGAUGCCGAAGUCAAACCGUUCGAUCCGAACCAGAUUGCGGCCGAAUGUUUCGGCGGCGAGAUGACCAGCAAAACAUAUGAUUCAGUGACGGACAAGUUUAUGGAUUUCAGUUUCGAAAAGACGAAUUCGGCAUACAUGUUGUUUUACGAAUGGUGCGCCGAUCCCGGUGAGCAACAAGCGAAGGAGGAGGAGGCAACCGUCUCGAGUCCAACUGCCGACAAUAACGAUGGCAACACCGGACGGUCCUCAUCGUCUGCUUUAGUGCGCAACAAUAUGAACAAAUUGCCGCCAUUGGAACUCAACAAGGAACUCGAAGACUGGAUUUGGCAGGACAACAUGCACUUUCUGCAAGACAAAAAUAUAUUUGAGCAUACGUACUUCGGGUUCAUGUGGCAAAUCUGCGGCUACAUACCGCAAACCUUGCUCUCCGUGCAACCCGAUAUCACGGAAAUGUCUGCAGAGUUGUCCACGUCCUUCUUCAUGGAGACAUUUAUACACGCCAAAGAGAAGCCGACGAUGGUGCAAUGGGUGGAAUUGUUGACGAAACAAUUUAACGGCUCGGCCGGAGCAUGCGCAAGAUUCCUUGAGCGGAUGGCCGGCGAUUCAUGGUGGCCUAUUCAGAUUCUAGUCAAGUGCCCUAAUCAGAUGGUCAGGCAGAUGUUUCAACGGCUAUGUAUUCACGUGAUUCAACGAUUGCGCGCUACCCAGGCACCUCUGUACCUUCUCUGCGACGAGGAGAACGAUGUCAAUACUGUCGGCACUCGAUCCUGCGUCACACGUUUUGUCAGGAUGUUACUAUCGCUCAUGGAACAUGCCAAGCAGCAUCUCAAACACCUCACCGAAUACUUUAGUUUCUUAUAUGAAUUCAGCAAGAUGGGCGAUGAUGAAGCUAUCUUUCUAAUCAGAGUGCAGGCUAUAUCCACGAUGGUAAACUUUUAUCUUGGUCACAAAACGCACGAGUUCGUCGACGCGGUCAGUGAAGAGGAAGAAGAAGAGGAAAUUGUGACCGUGCCUUCGGAAAAACUUCGACCUGCCUCGCUGGAUAAGAUGAUUACACUAAUAGCGUAUCUGGUCGAACGUAGCAGGGGACAAGAUCACAGAUUGGCGUUGUCACCGUCAGACUUGAGUGCCGUAGCGGGCGGCAAAGGCUUCCCUUUUCUAUAUCAGCAGACACGAGAUGUUAUAAAUCUCACUCAAACAAGGAACUUGAUUCAGUCUUUGUGCCGUUGGAAUGACAGAUUGGCAAUACACGUAGUCACCAUGAUAUUUCAAGCGAUAAUGAAGCAUACCGAUGUGUGCCAGCCAUUCUUCAAAUUGUUAACGUUGUUGACGGAGAGUUCGGGGCUAAGCGGACUGCCUUGUAUGACUCAGCUGAUCCUGGGUAGGGUUUGGGAAGCGGCGAGGGUUGCUCCGCAUGGUGCGCUCGAGUGGCUUGCUCUUGCAGUCACGAGGAGUAAACUCGCCCAUGCUUGGGUACUGCAAGAGCUUAACACGUGGCUGCAACACUAUCUUCUCGAGCAUUCCAAUCAAAGAGUUCGCUCGGCCGCUGCCUUCCUAUUAGUAUCACUAGUUCCAUCUACACAUUUUAGACAAGGCUAUCGUAGCGCCCAUCGUCUCGGUUUAGGAUGCAACACGUCCAGAGAGCUUCAAUUAUCACCCGAAGCUACUUUAAUAUUACAUCAGAUAUAUACGGCACUCUUGAGACUGCUUCAGCCCGCACGACAUUACAUCGAUAUACAAACUCACGGCACAAUGAAGCUCACUGCCUACUUUGCAUUGCUCACAUACUGCGUAGUUUCUAAGACCGAAAAAUUAAUGUUCGGCCAAUAUCUUAACGAUUUGUGGACACUUUUCCAUCCGAAACUUUCAGAACCAAGCAUUCCGGUGCAUCAUAAUAAGCAAGCAGUACUUUUGUUUUGGUAUCAUGUUUGCUCCGAUUGUCCAGAGAACGUUGCUAUGAUACUUCAUAAUCCGCACAUAACUAAAAAUAUAGCGUUUAAUUACAUUUUAGCUGAUCAUGAAGACCAGGAUGUUGUGUUGUUUAACAGAGUUAUGUUACCCGCGUACUAUGGUCUCUUAAGGCUUUGUUGUCAACAAUCGCGUACUUUUACAAGACAAUUGGCCGCGCAUCAGAAUAUUCAAUGGGCUUUUAAAAACAUCACUCCGCAUCCUACUCAAUAUUCAACUGCAGUGGAUGAAUUAUUUAAGUUGAUGCAAUUGUUAGUCGCGAGACAUCCUGAUCAAACGGAACAAGAAGAGGCAGAGAUCGCGUCAUUUAGAAGGGGCACACUGUCCUCUUAUUUACAAGGACUCGAUGGUCGUUCGUGUUGGGCAACUCUUAUUUCUGCUUUUCGAAUUCUUAUCGAAUCGGACGAUGAUCGUUUGUAUGUUGUCUACAACGGCGGCUUGAGCAUGGUUCUUGAAGCGUUUCAUAUGCUACAUAUCAUGUAUCAUGAAGCGACGGCGUGCCACGUUGCCGGCGACUUAGCGGAGUUGAUCGCUAUUAUCGUUGAACUUGUGCGAUGCAUUCGUACCGCAAGAGACGGGCCGGACGCUAGAAACAUUUUAGCUAAUUGCAAAGAGUGGCCUGACGCUCUGCGUAAAUUGGCAACCCUACUGAACACGUACAACCCGCCAGACAUGAGAAAUCUGGCUAUAGAUCUUUUGAAAGAGCUCGUCAUGCUCGUUCCUGCCGAAGCAAUAUUGAUCCUAGCACCACUGCUCUCACACUGCCACGCAGCACUUCAAGAAUCCCAUGCUGCUGUCCCACCUGGGCCGUACCUUCCGAGAAGAUCUACUCCGCCUGGAAAGAUGCCUACGAGACCCGCCAGACCGAUGGUACAAAUGGCGGUGCCUCACUCUCAGUUGGAGGCGUCGAAGGGAGUAGACCCGGAGUAUGAUAGCGCUCUGCUUGAAUUUUAUUUACCUUAUCACGAGUUGAUAGAUGUAAUGUGCAGAUUAGCAAUUAAUAAUGAUUGCAUGACGGAUUCGUUAGUAAAUUUGAGCGCUAUGCUUGGAUUUGAAGGUGUACCUUUGCAUCUGGCUCUGUUUCCCAGGCUGUGGCUGGAUGUGCAUGCUGCUACGCACAUAGACAGAAAGCACAUUACAUCUCUUCUUUGUUCUUCCUACACGGUGGACUACGUAGACGCUGUGCUGCUGGACGAGAGAUCGUCGCUGGGAGUGCCGGCGAUACACGCCUUUCUCAAGACUUUUUUUCCGAAGUUGGCCAAUCACGUGCUGACCGAGCAAACGUGCGUGCUCAUUGAUAAUUUGGUCAGCUCGCUGACGACGAUGGUGGAAGCGGUGGACGUCGAGGCGUCGGCGCAUAGACUGACCGGUGACUUGCGCGCCCUGGCGCUCGUUUACAGCAGCAGCACAAGACUGAAACCAUCAUCCAGCCUGCUGCCAGCUCUAGAAACUCUGUUGUCGCGAACACGGAUUAUUACAGUGAAGGAGAACCGCUCGUCGCCGGAACUGGAGACACCCUCCAAAAGGCGGAAGUUGUGCAGCGACGCCGAGUCGAUUGAUCGGGGAGAUCUAUGUGCGCCGAUCAAGGACAUCGACACGGAGCAUAACAGAGUCUCCGAGACAGAGAUGGACAAAACGAAUGCAGCGAACGAUACGAUGUCUUCCGAUUCCGGAGACGACAAGGUUGUCACCGCCACCACCGUCGCCGCCGCCAGACACAAAUCAUCGGACACUGUUGUUCAGGCAGAAGCUAAUGCCACUAACAUCGGCGGCGACGCCGUGUCGCCGCCGAGUCUGGUCACCACCGCUAAUAGUUGUACAAAUCAAUUGCGCUGCUCGUUGACCAACGUCUCAUGGCUCGAGAUGCUGGAGAAGACCAUCGUCGAGCUUCAAACGAUCGUACAAGUGCAAAGCAAGAGUAAUUAGUCGCGUGUGUGAUCGGUGGAACGCUGGCGGUGGGAUGUUAGUGUUCUUUCUCUUUCUCCGGACAGCAUAAAUGUAAACGGAACUAACGACCAAUUCUACGACCUGUAAAACUGCAUGUGAUCCUUUAUGCCGAUAGAGUUUAAAAAAAACGGUGUGUCUUCUGCGCUCCUUCGAAAUCGGAUAUAACUUAGUACAUAUUAUAUAUCGUAUGUAUAUGUAUCUCAAAGCCGCGAUUUACUUUCCAAAUAUAGGAGAAUAAGAAUAUUUUCGUUACUCGACAUAAGUUACAUUCGAAUUGAAGAUCGGGGGAGUCGCGUGUUGCCAUCGUAUAAAUCCGGACUAAAUUUUCUCAUCUAAAACGUUCGUUAGUGCUGUGAGAUAGGAAUUAUUUGUUUUCUCCUGAUAGGAAACACGAUGAGCGCACUUUAACGUGCAAUAAUAAUGUCGCAAACCAUCCAGUAUUCAGAAAGCGCAAUUGUGUGGUUCAAUUGAAUCCUAGGAUAAUCUUUUAAACACACUAUGUCUCUCGGAAAAAGUUUAUCGACAAAAGUUCAUCGCUGAUUAUUUCGACGAUUUCGCGCUGUACUUGCAUACGAAAGGGGAAUUACAGGGUUUUAAGAAAUUAUUAAAGUAAACAAAUAAGAGAGUAUGUUUGAUGACUGGAUCGAAAUUUCUUUUUACGUGCUCGUUACUAGCACGCUUGUUCUUUUGUUUAUUUUAAUGUACGAUGGAGUAGGAGUACAUAUAAUACGUGAUAAAUCAAUAUUUAAUACAUAAAAUAUCCGUUUAGACCAUUAACUCCUAAUAAUUGCCUUUUAAAAUAAAGAUCUCGAUGUUGAUAUAUUGAGAUGUUUAUUUUAAAUGUUAUUUUUUUAAAUGUUAAGCUAUUAUAUUUUGCUUGUUCCCAUAUUACUAUACCAGUCAAAGAACAAAUAAAAAUAACUUAAUAUAAUUACAUUUUUAAGUAAAAGUGAUACUUUAAUUAAAUCUAUAUGAAAAUUAGAUCUAAAAAAGGUCAAUUAAUUUGCAGUUUAUUACUUAAAGUCUUAUUAUUUUAAUAUUUUUCUUGAACGGUCAUUUAGUGAUUGUUCAACGAUUAAAUCCUUGUUUAUCAAUCUUUCGACCUGUUUUACGCUUUUGAUGCAAGAAAUAUGUUUCUAUUUAUCGCGCGAUAGAUCGUACACGUUUGGAAAGAGAGGAAAACGAGAGUUUUAUUAAUACAUACGAAUUUACGGUUAGUUCGAACUUAAUGCAGAAUUUAAUAUCCAAACCGAAGAGGUUUAUAUAAUUCGUACGGAACGUUAGAAAUUUAAGUUCUUAGCAAAUCGGUAAUGUAGGAUUCUAAUGGAGUUUGUGUUAAGUAUAUUUAUUUAUUUUCGGCACGACGGCGCGUCUCAUUGGUAAAAUGCGCACGGUAAUACCGUGUCUUCAUUUCACUCGUUGUUCGCGCCGCUUACUUAUGCUAAACUGAAAACUGUCGCAGAUACUUGUUGCAACCGGCUAUAACUUUUCUAGAUUCAGUUCUAGUUUACUGGUCGGCUUCUUCGAAACACAUCUCACAUCACGAAUGAACAAUCGGUUAUGGAAACUUCCAAAGUGCUAAAUAUUCAAGUCAAUGGUAAUUUUGGACAUUAAAGAAUUUUACUAUAAUUUUACUAAAAUUUAGUAAGAUGUAGUAAAGUUUAAAUAUAUUUUACUAAAUUUUAUUAGAAUUAUACUAAAUUUUAUUAAAAUUCUCUGUCAUCUAUAACCUACGAUUAUCAUGAUUUUAAGAGUAAAUUCUCUGUGUAGCAUUUUCUUAAUCGUCGAGCUCGCUAAUUAAAAUGGCACUAUGAUAGCACUUUGUCUAAUCGUGAUCCAUUCUUUGCUGCACUCAUUGGAUUGUAACAAAAAGCGAGAAAUUGUGUUAAUUGUAUCAUUUAAUUAUUAUAUUUUACAAAAAUAUUUUAAUUCCCAUGAAUUCAUCAUAUAAAUGAGACCAGUAAUUAAUAUUUAUGUAAAUUUUUUAAAUUGCUACUAGAACAUAGACUACACAAGUAUGAAAAGAACAUUUUUUCAGAUUUGUUUAUUUUUCUAUGCUUAUAUGUUUCUUUACGAUAAAUAGUAAGUCAUCUCAAAAAGAAAAAAUGCAAAAAUAAGAAUUUUGAAAUAAAUAUUGCUGUGCGUCAAAGUAGGUUUGUUCAGUUUUUUUCGCUUGUUACAAAAAUUUAAUUUGACGCAGAUUAGUUGUAAAAAUUCAACAGAGUUUCGACGGAAUUACUUGAGCUUUCUAUCGUAUAUAUAUUUAUAAGUUUUGUCAAGAGUACAAAUUUUACUCCAUUUACUACUGAAUAAUAAUUAAGAAGACAAUUAAGAUUUAGUAUAUUCUUACGUCAUUGAACGCAAAGAAAAAACUACUUUAUUUCAAUCUUUAAGUACGAGAAAAAAAGAUCUACAUAAUUUCUCGCUUGUGACGCUGUGAGCCCCAUGAUAUCACAUGUAAUAUGACUGCUGCUUAUCAGAUUAGAUAAAAAGGAAUUUGAUCAAAUGAAAAAUAAUUUGAAAAAAGAAGAAGGUAUAUGGAUAUAAACAUCCGAAGUGACAGUUCGUCUCGGCGUUAUCAAGAUGGGGGUACAACAAACCCCAGAUAUUAUAUAAAAAACAGCGUUAUUUUCACAAUUGUUCUCUGUAUAUCAUUGUAAUAAAAAAAUUUUAAUGCUUUUGAAUCUUAUUAUAUGGACCACAUUCUUGAUAUAAUUUGGGUCGCAGGACCAAAAUUUGAUGUAAGAAAGUUUAUAUAAUCAAAUUAAAGGCAAAAUAGAAUUAAAUUUAAAGAAAGGAAUACAUAGACACAGUUUAUCAUUUAUGUAUUAUUUUACAUAAAUGAUUUAAUAAAUUAUAAAUUUUACAUAAAUUAUACAAAAGGUAAUUAUACAAAGUUUGUACCUUUUACAGUUAUGUUUAGGCAACGUUUUACAGUCUUAAAGAAAAGUGUGUUUAUUUUUAUUUAGAAUACGUUAGAUAGAAAACUCCAGCAGAGCAUACAGCGCGGUUCUUUUUAUAAUACGUUUUAUAUAAAAAUUUAUUUAUUGUUUGAUUGUUAGACAAGAAGACAUUUAAUACGAAUGUUGUGCGUAUAAAACUAUUAAAAUCAUGUUUUUCCACACAAACUUGAAAGAAUUAAAAACGUUUGUUUUGAACACACGAAACGAAUGGACAAUUAAUGAUGGCACAUAUAAAGUAAAAGCUUCCAGGAAUGAAAAGUUGAAGUAGUAAGUUUGACAGGUAUGUUUUAUAGAGAUUUUUAUCUCAAUAAUGCUAUGAAUUUAGAAAAAUGUUUCGGAGAUGCUAAAGAACAUUAGCGAGUAGACUACUUACUAAUAUAAAAACAUCGUAAUGCUUUUCGUAUAGUAUAUAUAUAUUUUUUUUAUUUUUAUCAAAUGGUUUCAAAGUGGUAUACAAAAACGCGUUCUAUCUUGAUAAACUGUAUUGCUGUAUUUGAGAUGUAAAAAGUUAAUUUGUAUACAAAAUUAAUAUUAUAGUUUAAUCUUUACAAUAGAAAAUUUAUUAAAAAUAUAUAAGAAUAUUUUAUCAUUGAAGAUAUGUUUGAAUGUUUCAAAUUUUUCGUAAUUUCUACAAUUGUAUAACUUCUAAGAUCACAAUCUUUUAUUUUCUGAUCUUGUAGUUUUCUUGUGCUCUACAGACAAACCUAAAAUAAACCAUAUACAUAUUUAAAAAGUGUUAUUACAAAGUAGUAGUAUAAAUAACGCGAAAUUUUAUUAAUUUACAGUUUAUUAUUUGUGUUAUUCUGUAAUAAUAUAUUUUUAAUGAUCUAAUUUAAAUUCUAUUUGUAAUAAACUGACCCGGGAAAAGCUUUAUUGGAAAAGAAGUAAAUUGCUUUAGGAGUUUAAUUAUUAUGGAAUUGUGAGCAAAACGCGAGGCAUUUGAAACUAUUGAAUGACUUGAAAAGAAUUUAGUUUAAUAAAUUAAUUUUUUAUGUGUUUCAAAUGCAAUAAUAAAUUAAAUCUUAUAUAUAUACUUGUGUGUAUGCGUGCGUGUGUAUGCGUGUUUUUUUUAAGUUUGUAAAAAAUUUUUUAAUUAUUGGAAAAUUGGUAAUACUUCGAUAUAUUCUUAAUUGAAACUUAAAUUAAAUUAUCAUCAAAUUGGAUAAAAAAUUUUAUUGAAAGAAUAUUUGAUGAUUUUGUGAAACUUCUAUAUGCAUUAUACAUCCUAUGUAGGAUUUCUGUGAAAUGAUCAAAAAUAUCUUAAAAAUAAUAUUUUUUAAAAAGGAAAA